UCUCUCUGGUAAAUACUUUCUCUAUCCUCCUUUAAAAGGAAAAUAAAGAGUUGCUGUUUUUGGUUUAUCCAAUUCAAGUUGAAGAUGAUUUUUCGAACGACGGAAGACGAUUCAACGUCAGAAACUCAUAUCCCAUCCUCGGACAUCGACUGGGAUAUGCUCGACAAAUCCAAGUUCUUCUUCCUCGGCGCCGCCUUAUUCUCCGGCGUAUCAACCACUCUGUAUCCAAUAGUAGUUCUAAAAACUCGACAGCAAGUCUCCGUCGAUAGAAUUUCCUGCAUCAAGACCGCCUUCUCCAUACUCCGCCACGAAGGUCCUAGAGGCUUCUACAGAGGACUCGGCACCUCUCUCAUGGGUACAAUCCCAGCCAGAGCUGUUUACAUGACCGCACUAGAAAUCACAAAGACCACCGUCGGAACAGCCGCCGGAAAAUUGGGUUUCUCCGAUUCCACGGCGGCCACUGUUUCCAACGCUGCAGCCGGUCUUAGUGCGGCCAUGGCCGCCCAAGUCGUAUGGACACCGAUCGAUGUAGUUAGCCAGAGGCUAAUGAUUCAAGGCGGUCGACCGUAUGGAUACAAUAAUGGAAUGGAUGCAUUCAAGAAAAUAAUGUAUAGUGAUGGGAUGAGAGGAUUGUACAGAGGCUUUGGAAUUUCGUUGUUGACUUAUGCACCUUCAAAUGCAGUAUGGUGGGGUAGUUACAGUUUGGCGCAGAGGAUAUUGCUGCGGCGGCGGAGGAAGGAGAAGGAGGAGGAGAAAGGGUUAAGGAGGGUUGGGGCGCAGGGGCUGAGUGCGGCGGUGGCUAGUGGAAUGUCGGCUAUAGUGACAAUGCCGUUGGACACAAUAAAGACUAGGUUACAAGUACAACAUGAUCAUCAGAAGAGUGAAGGUGGAAAGUGGAGAUCAUCAUCAUCAUCAUUAUCAGGUACGGUGAGAGAUCUUGUUAGAGAAGGGGGAUUGGGUGCUUGUUAUAGAGGAUUGGGACCGAGAUGGGUUUCCAUGUCCAUCUCUGCUGCAACUAUGAUCACUACUUACGAGUUUCUCAAGAGACUUUCUACCAAGACCAAUUAAUUAUCUAGAUUCUAUUUUAAUUACAUCCCUUCUUUCUUUCUUUCUUUUUCAAAUAAAUCAUUUUCAAUGAUACAACAAAUGAGUAGAGCAGCUACACUAACUCAUGUUUCAAUU